ACCGGUAUCACGUGACUUUCUUUGGCAGCUUGCCCUCGGUGCUUCAGGGUUCCUGGUGUAGUUAAAGAUGCUGCCCUUUCUGCAAACGGUACCAGUUAGACACCGACGAUAAACAAACGACACGACAAGGUUGGACAAGGUCGACGAGGGACCCCUCUGUCUCCGAGCACCAACACAUCCUGUGGACAGGAUGGAGAACAACACUGACUCCAAAAAGAUGAACGGCCAGCCCGAGAGUCCUGCAGCCCUUUCCAAACCCAGAGAAAGCAUGCAGCUAAAGAAGGAAAUUUCCCUCCUGAACGGCGUCAGCCUCAUCGUGGGCAACAUGAUUGGCUCGGGCAUAUUUGUCUCACCGAAGGGUGUUCUCAUUUACAGCGCCUCCUAUGGACUGUCUCUAGUAAUCUGGGCAAUCGGCGGCAUCUUUUCAGUGGUGGGCGCUCUCUGUUAUGCAGAGCUGGGUACCACAAUUACAAAGUCUGGUGCCAGCUAUGCCUACAUCCUAGAGUCGUUUGGAGGUUUUAUAGCAUUUAUACGCCUGUGGACAUCAUUGCUUAUCAUUGAACCAACAAGCCAGGCGGUAAUAGCCAUCACUUUUGCCAACUAUCUAGUUCAACCUCUCUUUCCCACCUGCGAGCCGCCGUAUUCUGCGUCUCGGCUCAUUGCUGCAGCUUGUAUCUGUUUGCUGACCUUCAUCAAUUCUGCUUAUGUUAAGUGGGGUACGAGGGUGCAGGAUGUCUUCACUUACGCCAAAGUGCUGGCCCUCAUUGUCAUUAUAAUCACAGGGAUAGUAAAACUGUGCCAAGGUUUCACAAUAAACUUUGAAGAUUCAUUCCAAGGCUCGUCUCGUGACCCAGGAGGUAUUGCUUUGGCGUUGUACUCGGCACUUUUCUCAUACUCAGGCUGGGACACGCUUAACUUUGUCACAGAAGAGAUAAAGAACCCUGAAAGGAACCUUCCUCUGUCCAUUGCAAUCUCCAUGCCGAUUGUUACAAUCAUCUACAUUCUUACAAAUGUGGCCUAUUAUGCUGUGCUCGACAUGAGUGCCAUCCUUGCCAGUGAUGCUGUCGCUGUGACGUUUGCAGAUCACACCCUGGGAGUAAUGAGUUGGACCAUCCCCAUUGCGGUUGCUUUAUCCUGUUACGGAGGUCUUAAUUCUUCUAUCAUCGCUGCAUCCAGGUUGUUUUUCGUGGGAGCUCGAGAAGGUCAUCUUCCAGAUGCUCUGUCUAUGAUCCACAUUGAGAGAUUCACACCAGUUCCUGCUCUGCUUUUCAAUUGUGCCAUGGCUCUCAUUUACCUUACAGUGGAGGAUGUUUUCCAGCUGAUUAAUUAUUACAGCUUCAGUUACUGGUUUUUCGUUGGUCUGUCUAUCGCCGGACAGAUCUACCUUCGCUGGAAGGAGCCCGAUAGACCCCGACCACUGAAGCUGAGUCUGGUGUACCCCAUCAUCUUCUGCUUGUGUGUUGUGUUCCUGGUGGCGGUUCCACUUUAUUCUGACACACUCAACUCACUCAUUGGAAUUGCUAUUGCCCUCUCCGGUGUGCCAGUUUACUUCUUAGGCAUCCACCUUCCAGAGUCCAAGCGGCCACCGAUUAUCACUAAACUACUGAGUGCCAUCACCCGUUUCACCCAGUUCACCUGCUUUUGUGUGCUCACCGAGAUGGACACUGUUGAUUAGGACACUUCUCUGGUUCAAGAAGAGGAAACCAACACCUGGAGAUAAGGGAAAAAGUUCUUCCACACCUUUAAAGACACUGAUGCACUCCUUAAGGCACCAUGUUGGGUUCAUGUUUUUGUUUAUUACAAAAGGUUUCCGUUAAGGUCACAGUGCACUGCGGUUUCAGGAAUACGUCCUUAGGACCAAAUGGCAUGAAAAUGAAGGCCGUUUUACAGCUCUGGUUCUUAAUGGUACUGAGAUGCAAACAUCGUCUGUGUACUAUUAGAGAAUCAGGGACAUGAACAGGAUGCAGUGGUUUGUGUGCGCCAUUAUGAACAUGGCCGAGAAUUAGACGUAUGUGUUUGCGUUACAUUUACUUUCUUUUUAUCUAACAGUUUUAUUUAGAAAUUCAUUUUAAACUUAAAAUGUAUCCUUUUUUUUUAAACAAAAGAGAUUUUAUUUUAUUUUCCUCAUGAAAGUGUUGAUUCAUGUGUAGUAUUUAAAAUUAUUUUCUCCCUGCUGAAAAAUGAAACAUGUGCUAGUUAAAAAAUUGACACUUGCCUGCUGGUUUAAGUUAGUUCUUUGCCUUGUCCUAGUCUCAAAGGAGCACACCACUUUUUAAAAACUUUCUAGAGUUAAACAGUUGAGUUUUACUAAAUUUCUAAUUUUUAAUCCAUUCAGCCAAUCUUUAAGUCUGGUGGGAGCACUUUUAGCUUAGCUUAGCAUAGAUUAUUGUAUCGAGUUAGACCAUUAGCAUCUUGCUCUUAAAAAAAGUGUUUUAAUCACUUUACUGUUUAAAGCUUGACUCUUAGGUUAUAUUGUGUUCUAAGACUUACUUAAAAUGAAUAAUUACUAUUUUCUAGGUCAAUUUGACAAGGAACUAUACUACCAUUCCGGCGUAAUAGUCAAGGAACUGCUACUGUACCAUGGCUACAUUAGGUGCAAUAUUACACAACACCUGAAAAUCAGCUAAUCAAUAUGACUACAUGCUUGCAUAUUGAGCGUGUGCUCUUCACGUUGGAAGUUACUUAGCUUGGGACUAUUUUCAGGCAUUGCGUAAUAUUUCCGUCGGUCCUAGUACAUGAUGUAACUACAGAAGAGCCGAGCUUUAAAUAGGAAAAAUAUUUAAAAAAAUCUUUGGAUGCUAAUGGUCUAAUCUGAUUCAAUUAUCUAUGCUAAGCUAAGCUUAAAGUGCUCCGAUUAGACCUGGAAAUCAGCUGACUGGAUUAAAAAAAUGGUAAACCUCAAUUGUUUAACUCUAGAGGAUUUGUAAAAUGAGCCUAUUUAUUUGAUAAAAAAGUGGAGUGUUUCCAGACCAGCAAAGAACCAAAUUAAACCAGCUUAUGACCAACAAUAUUACACAACACCUGAAAAUUAGCUUAUCAAUAUGACUACAUGCUUGCACAGGGAGCGUUUGCUAUUCACAUUGAAAGUUACUUAGCUGGGGACUAUUUUCAGGCAUUCUGUAAUAUCGUUGCUCCUGCAGCAGCCUUGGUUUGGCAGAAAAGUUCACGGCAGAAUGAGAGUAUAGUUCAAAGCCAUAUCAACCUAGAAAACAGCAUCUUUUCAUCUAUGUUGGUCUCAGUACACCACGUAAUAGGAAAUAAAUUAAUAAAUAAAUUAAACGUAAUAAAUAGGAAAAAUCAAAAAAGGUCAUUUUUUAAACAAGAUGCUAAUGGUCUAAUCUGAUUCAAUGAUCUAUGCUAAGCUAAGCUAAAAUGCUGCCAUUGGACCUAGAGAUCAGCUUACAGGAUUCAAACAUGAUAAAACUCAAGAGUUUAACUGUAUAUGUCUUGUGAAAUGAGCCUAUUUAUGUAAAUAAAAAAGUGGAGUUUUCCCUGAACAGCAAAGAACCAAAGUAAACCAGCUUACAACCAACAGGAACCAGCUUAAACCAGCAGCCAAGGGUCAAAACCUACCAAAUCAGCAUAUGUUGGGUUUUUUCAGCAGGUCAGUUCUCUUUAAUUGCCCAUAUGCCUUAACUGGAUUUAAUAGGGAAGGUGGUUGUAUGGAUUAAAACGUUGAAGUCUGCUACUAUGCUCCUGAACGUCAUGUUGAAGAGGCUAGAAAAGAAUGAGAAAGUUGCGCCAGAUAAGCCGGAGACAUUUGUGGUGUUAUUUAUGGGUUAGUUCAUCCAAAUAUUAAAGUUUACUCAUUUACAGCCUCAAAUGGAUCCCAACUUCUACAAGUUUCGAUCUUUCAUUGAACACAAAAGAUAUUUUGAAUAUGGUCGAAAACCCCUAGACAUCAACAGCCACACUCUAUAGAAAGUUCUACAGAAAUUAAAAGUUUAACAUUCUUCAAAAUAGCUUCUUUCGUGUUCAACAGAAAAAAAAAAAUCAAUUAUUGUGUAAUGGAUAAAUAUUUAAGCAUCCAUUGUUGAAGUUAAUUUUAUUUUCAGUCAUUUCAAAUUCUGUUAACAUCAGAUGGUUUUAGAAUUUUCAUGACAAAAUUAAAUCAUCCAUAUGAUUUCAUAUUUCCCAUUAACAAGUGUCAUGAAUGCUCAUUCUAUAAAUCUAUAUUAUAAUCUAUAAACAAUUUAAAUGUACAUCAACCAAAUAAGCAAUACGUCAGGUAAAUAUCCUGGUAAGCUCAGGAGGAAUGUCCAGACGUGACUAAAAGAGUUGACUCUUUGAAAUGUUUACCUUGUACCACAAAACACUCUGAACAGCUUUUGUUAUUUGCCUUUCUACACAAGUGUUUUUUAAUUUAUUUGAAAGAAUAUCAAUAUUUUUUUUUCUACCUGAAUAAAUUCAACUAUUCACAAGA